GCCGCCUGCGCUUCCUCGUCCGCGCCAUGCCCGGCGGCGAGGUGUCGACAUACUUGAGCCGCCUCGGGCUCGGCGACACGGUCGAGCUCCGCGGGCCGCACCUGGGCUUUGACCUGGGCGCCCGCCUCGGCGCCGGCAACGGCAACCAGCGCGUCGUGUUCCUCGCCGGAGGCACCGGAAUUGCCCCGGCACUCCAGGCCGUUCGGGCCCUCCUUCUAUCUCCUACGCCGGCAUCAACUACCACCACUACCACCUACGAGUCAGUGCCAGUGCCAUGUCCGUCCGUCUCUAUCAUCUGGGCCAACCGCCACCGCGCAGACUGCAUCGGCUGCGACGACUCCUCUGUCACGUCUCCCGCCGGCGACAACAAAAACAAAAACCCCGUCAUAGCAUACCUAUCCAGUGCCGCGGUAAAACAAAAACAGCAACAGCACGGCGGCGGGCUCGAAUACGCCUGCGUCGUCGACGACGAGGGAACCUUCAUCUCCGCGCGCGCCAUUGCCUCGGCCGUAUCACCAACCACUACCGCCACCGCCCCCACCACAUUAACUAAACAGCAGCAGCAGCAGCAGCUCCCUCCGCGUUUCCUGUCGUCCGAAGACUGCCACUACCACUCGACACGGCUCCUCGCAGGGACAGGGCCCAACGACGAUAGCGGUAGCGCCGCCCAAUACGCAUGCGCAUGCCCGGGGGGCAGUAAGAACCUGCUCCUGGUGUCCGGGCCGGACGGCUUCGUGGCAGCGUACGCCGGCGCAAAAGUGUGGGCAGGCGGCAAGGAGCUGCAGGGGCCCGUCGGAGGCGUGGUCGGCGACCUCGAGCGGCGGUGGCGCCCCGGCCAGUGGAGCGACUGGCUUGUGCUCAAGCUCUAGGGUAGACAUUGCCACUACAAGUGUUGUAUCAUAGUAAUGGUAUGUCUGUCUGGCUGUAUUAUGCAGUCAGGAAUUAGCUUAUUAUACCCCGCCCUGGAUUUACCUAGGUUUUAGUUGGCAGGAGUACAGCUAGGAGGAUAAAGGAGUGGCGGAUACACGUAUGUACGUCGUUUAGUUCUUGUGCCAUACACCGAACCUUUAGGAUAGAGCGUAUGGAUAGAUACCAGGGGUAUAUAGAAGACUGGAAUAUGGGUUAGACGCGGACAUGCUGUAUGAUGAUAGAAGGCCGCGGAUGUAAAGUUAUCAUUCUUGCCGAGAAGAAUACCAGUAGAAACCAUAGUCUUUCGCCUCCCCACUUGAGCA